CGGACGACAUUUAGAGUCGCACAGUCAGCAGCACGCCGGUGACGUCGGUGUUCAUGUGUUUACAAAAAGUGACAGCUUUCACUGGAUUUAUUUUAUUCCUCCGAUCUGUAUCUCGGCUCUACGUAUCUUAAAAUAAAAUGCCACAGAAAGAUCCCUGUCAAAAACAGGCUUGUGCCAUACAGAAAUGUUUACAAGCCAACAAAUACAUCGAAAGUCUUUGUGAGGAUGUGAUUCGAGACAUGAAGAAGUGUUGUGAAGUCCACGCAGGAGAAAACUCUGUCUGCUGCUCUGGAUUUAUCAAGGAACACACAUCUACAGACACAAAGACGAUCCUUUAAUAGAAAGAUACACAGCAUGCAUGUAUAUGUGCUGCAAGAGAUCAGAGGAGACUUUCAAGGACAUGUGGAAUAGAUAUUCACCAAAGAGUCUCUUGUAACUUUAAUUAAAUCGAGCUGCCUCUG